AUGCGGCCCUUUCUGCGUUUUGGGUGCGGCGCUGGCCCACGACGUUGGGUGCAGGUCGCUUGCCGGAUCCCCCGACGUCAACAAUCCUACUCCAGAUGGACACGAAAAUACAAUUUAAAAGAUCCUAGACAGAGGCGCGUCUCUCCUCUUCUCGCAGCUGCUGCGGGUCUUUCCUCGGGGGCCUUUGUCGAGAUCAGCGAGAAUCAUGAUCAGAACCAGACGAGUGAGAUGCAGAUGCUAGAGGUGUCUCGGCGAGAGAUCAGCAAAAAGGUGCCCGAGGAUGCCCGUGGUCUACGACGGUUAUACAAAAGCAUAAUAUACUUUGUGGACCAAUAUAUCUACGAACCACUUGCUACUGGCGUCCGCUUCUUCUACCUGGCUAUUGUGUUUGUCCCGGUCCUAGCCACUGUUCCGAUUGUGUUGGUAGGACGGCGGAGGAAAGAUCGCGACAACGAAAGAAGUGGCACUAUCUGGUGGUAUGGUUUUCUGGUCAGUGCCAUGGAGAGAGCAGGGCCGGCCUUCAUAAAACUGGGCCAGUGGGCAGCCUCACGAUCCGAUAUAUUCCCUGCCGAGAUGUGCAAGGUCAUGUCUACGCUUCACUCGAAUGCUCCAGCUCAUUCACUUCACCAUACGAAGAAGACGAUUUGCGCUGCAUUUGGCGACAGGAAGUUCGAUGAGAUCUUCCUGGAGUUUGACGAAAAACCACUGGGCGUCGGCGCUAUCGCUCAAGUAUACAAGGCCAGACUGAAACCCGAUCUAGCGAGGGUAGACAACAACGAGCUCGACCUUCAGGAUGGUGUGCGCCUAAGCCAUCGAAUCAAGAAGAAUGUCAACGCCCUUGUGAAAUCAACACCACAAAGGAUACCCUCGGCAUAUGUCGCCAUCAAAGUCCUGCAUCCUAAGGUUGAAAGAAAUGUGCGGCGUGAUCUUAAGAUUAUGGCUGUUUUUGCAUCCAUCAUCAAUGCCAUUCCCACACUGGAGUGGCUCGAUUUGCCAAACGAGGUAGCUAACUUUGGCGAGAUGAUGCGAUUACAGUUGGAUCUCCGGAUCGAAGCUGCUAACCUAACCAUUCUUCGCAAACACUUUCAGAACCGCACGACCGCAUGGUUCCCUCAUCCUUACACCGACUUCACCACCCGCAAUGUGCUUGUAGAAGAAUUCGCCCAAGGUCUUCCCCUUGCAGCAUUCUUGGAAUCUGGUGGUGGCGUGUUCCAACAGGAGAUUGCCAAUGAAGGCCUCGACGCGUUCUUGCACAUGCUUCUGAUAGACAACUUUGUGCACGCCGAUUUACAUCCGGGCAAUAUCAUGGUCAACUUCUAUAAGCCCACGCAGCCCGACGUCAAGUUACCAUAUGUGUCUCGACAAGAUCCAACCCAGCCCUCGACAGCGACGGAGAUUGAUCAGUCCGAAGCAGUUCUCUCUCGACUUCGCCCCCAUGUGGGUAAGAAGCAGGAGUGGUUGGAUGCGCUUGCCGAGAUUGAUAAAGAAGGCUACAGACCACAACUGAUUUUCAUUGACACGGGUCUCGUUACGGAACUCAAUGCAAAGAAUCGGACCAACUUCCUUGAUCUUUUCCGGGCUAUAGCAGAAUUUGAUGGCUACCGAGCAGGAAAGUUAAUGAUCGAACGAUGUCGGCAACCCGACGCCGUCAUCGACGGCGAGAUUUUUGCCCUCAAAAUGCAACACCUGGUGUUAGCAGUUAAAGGCCAAACCUUUGCACUGGGCCACAUUAAGAUUGGCGAUGUUCUUUCAGAAGUCCUGAGCAUGGUGAGAUCACACCAUGUGAGGAUGGAAGGUGACUUUGUCAAUGUGGUCAUCUCGAUUCUACUUCUUGAGGGCAUUGGCCGCACACUCGACCCUGACCUUGAUCUUUUCAAGAGCGCAUUGCCUAUCCUGAGACAACUGGGUUCCUCGGAUCCUGGAGCGGUGCUUAAGAGCUUCAAGGAAGGCGACUUCUCUUUGCUGAAGAUAUGGGUUGGACUCGAAGCACGGCGCUUUUUCCAGGCCAGCGCCGAUAGUGUCGAGAUGUGUGUGAAAUACGACUUGCUCAGUCCUAAUUUUUGA